AGUGCCCGGAGGGGACGUUCGGUGUGAACUGCUCGGGCUCCUGCUCCUGUGGUGGGGCACCCUGCGACCGGGUCACGGGGCAAUGCCAGUGCCCUCCAGGGAGGACUGGGGACGAUUGUGGGGCAGAUUGUCCCGAAGGCCGCUGGGGGCUGGGCUGCCAGGAGAUCUGCCCUGCGUGUGAGCACGGUGCUGUCUGCGAGCCCAGGACCGGAGCCUGCCUGUGCCGCCCCGGCUACACGGGCAGCCGCUGCCAGGACGCGUGCCCGGCGGGCUGGUUUGGGCCCGGCUGCCAGAUGAGGUGCUCCUGUGCCAAUGACGGGCACUGCCACCCGGUGACCGGACGUUGCAGCUGUGCCCCCGGGUGGACCGGCCUCAGCUGCCAGAGAGCCUGCGACAGCGGCCACUGGGGACCCAACUGCAGCCACACCUGCAGCUGCAGUGUAGGCCACGGGAGUUGCGAUGCGGUCAGCGGCCUGUGUGCGUGUGAGGCCGGCUACGCGGGCCCGCGGUGCGAGCAGCGGUGUCCCCAGGGCUACUUUGGGCCGGGCUGCGGGCGGCGGUGCCAGUGUGAGCACGGGGCAGCCUGUGACCACGUCAGCGGGGCUUGCGCCUGCCCGGCCGGCUGGAGGGGAACCUUCUGUGAACGUGCCUGCCCGGCGGGCUUCUUCGGACUGGAUUGCCGUGGCGUCUGUGACUGUGUCGCCGGAGCCUCCUGUGACUCCGUGAGCGGCUCCUGCCUCUGCCCCGCCGGCCGCCGGGGCCCCCGCUGUGCCCAGGCCUGCCCAGCCCACUCCUACGGACACAACUGCAGCCAAGCCUGCACCUGCUUCAACGGGGCCUCCUGUGACCCUGUCCACGGACAGUGCCGCUGUGGCCCUGGCUGGCUGGGCCCCACUUGCCUGGAGGCCUGCCCCUCAGGCCUCUACGGCGAGAACUGUCAACGUUCCUGCCUUUGCCAGCACGGGGGCACCUGUGACCCUGUCUCAGGCCACUGCACGUGCCCAGAGGGCUGGGGUGGCCCAGCCUGUGAGGAGGAAUGUCUCCCGGGACGCUUCGGGGCCGGUUGCCAACACAGCUGCAGGUGCCUCAACGGUGGCCUCUGUGACCGGUACUCAGGCCGCUGCCUCUGCCCAGCCGGCUGGACCGGGGAUGAGUGUCAGAGCCCCUGUGCCGAAGGCACGUUUGGGGCUCACUGCGAGGAGCGCUGUGCCUGCCGGCGGGGAGCCACCUGUCACCACGUCACGGGGGCCUGCCUCUGCCCCCCGGGAUGGAGGGGCUCGCAGUGUGAGAACGCCUGCCCGCGUGGCCGGUUCGGAAAGGACUGUGGCCAGCGCUGCCAGUGCCCGCCGGGCUCUGCCUGCCACCACGUCACCGGGGAGUGUCGCUGUCCAGCGGGCCUCACGGGGCCCAGCUGCGAGCAGGCCUGCCCGCCAGGCACCUUUGGGGAGCGCUGUGGGCAGAAGUGCCGUUGUCCCAGCGAGAACCAGACCUGCCACCCCGCCCUGGGGACCUGCACGUGUGCCGCUGGCUACCACGGCUCCGGCUGCUGGCAGCGGUGCCCCCCUGGGCGGUUUGGACCCGGCUGUGAGCAGCCGUGCGGGUGUCUCCACGGGGGCUCCUGUGAUGCGGCCACCGGGGCCUGCCUCUGCCCUGCUGGAUUCCUUGGGGCCGACUGCAGCCUGGCCUGUCCACAGGGCCGCUUCGGUCCUGGCUGUGCGCGUGUGUGCAAGUGUGGGCAGGGAGCGGCCUGCGACCCCGUGAAUGGCAGCUGCACCUGUCCCCCAGGGAGGACCGGCCUCCAUUGUGAGCACGGCUGCCCUCGGAACCGGUUUGGCAUAAGCUGCGAGCACUCGUGCUCCUGCAGAAACGGGGGCCUGUGCCACGCCACCAACGGCAGUUGUUCCUGCGGCCUGGGCUGGACGGGGCCGCGGUGUGAGCUGGCCUGCCCUCCCGGUCGCUACGGUGCCGCCUGCCGCCUGGAGUGCUCGUGCCAGAACAACGGCACCUGUGAGCCCGCCACGGGCGCCUGCCGCUGCGGCCCCGGCUUCUACGGCCAGGCCUGCCAGCACCCCUGUCCCCCUGGCUUCCACGGGGCUGGCUGCCAGGUGGCGUGUGAGUGUCAGCACGGAGCCUCCUGCCACCCCGUCAGCGGCCAGUGUCUCUGCCCCGCCGGCUUCCACGGCCAGCUCUGCGAGAGGGGGUGUGAAGCAGGCUCAUUUGGAGAGGGCUGCCGCCAGCACUGUGACUGCGAGGCCGGGGCACCCUGCGACCCCGUCACCGGCCAGUGCCUUUGCCCCCCAGGGCGCACAGGGGCCACCUGUGACCGUGACUGCAGACCGGGCUUCUUUGGGCCAGGCUGUGCCUUGCGCUGUAGCUGCGGAGCUGGGGCCGGUUGUGACCCCGUCAAUGGGCAGUGCCACUGCGUGGACGGCUACACUGGGCCCACCUGCCAGCAAGCGGCCUUGCAACCGGCCUCUGACGGACCAGCACCUGGGCUCAGCAGCAGGGCACAGAAACACUAGUGCAGAGGCAGCCGUCAAGCAGGCCCGUCUCCCAGGUGCUCUGGCGACGACUGAGGAGGGCGCCCGUGGGCCAGGACUCCAGCCGCAGCUUCGUCCCCGAGGGCCGUGUGCAGCCACACAGCCCCUCGCUCUGCAAGGAUCGGCCUGCACGGGGAGGGAGGCCCUGGCUGGCCCAGCCGCAAGGAGCCCGGACGAGUGGACCGGCCCUACUGGCUGUGCGUGCUGAGCAAGCCCGCCUCCCCGGGUGGGGACUGAGGUGUGGGCGCAGGUGCGGCAGGGGACCCCUGCCCUCCGAGGUGGUUCUUCUGGUGCUAGGCCCUGGGACUGCUGUGGCCCGGCCUGUUCUCCUGGAGCCGCAGCCCACUGUAUUUAUGUAAAAGUAUUUAUGGGCAGCUGGACACGCCCGCCGCACCCUGGGCGCCGAAGGCUGCCCGUCCCCUGCACCAUGAAACCCUGAUGCGGGACCUUGGGGCUCUGAGGGGCCUCUGGGUGGGGGACUCUGGUACAUGUGAAACCCAGUAAUUUAAGGAAGAAGCAGUCGCUUCCUUG